CGCUACUCUCUUUCUCUAUUUUGUUGAGCUUGCUGCCGGAGGAGGAAGGAGACGAUUGAAGCCCUAGCUAGGUUGCACCCUCAGAUCUCGUCUCAAACCUCGCAUUCUCAUCAUGGCGAGAGGAUUAAAGAAGCAUUUGAAGAGGCUCAAUGCACCCAAGCAUUGGAUGCUUGACAAACUCGGUGGUGCUUUUGCACCUAAACCGUCUUCUGGACCACACAAAUCCAGGGAGUGUCUCCCACUCAUACUCAUCUUGAGAAACAGGUUGAAGUAUGCUCUUACUUAUCGUGAAGUCAUCGCUAUUCUGAUGCAGCGUCAUGUCCUUGUUGAUAACAAGGUCAGGACUGACAAGACGUAUCCAGCUGGCUUCAUGGAUGUUGUAUCAAUCCCCAAGACAAAUGAGAACUUCCGUCUUCUUUAUGACACAAAGGGCAGAUUCCGUCUCCACUCAAUCAGGGACGAGGAGGCUAAGUUUAAGCUAUGCAAGGUUCGUUCAGUGCAGUUUGGUCAGAAGGGUAUCCCAUACCUCAACACCUUUGAUGGUCGUACUAUCCGCUACCCUGACCCGCUCAUCAGGGCUAAUGACACCAUUAAGCUGGACUUGGAGGAAAACAAGAUCGUUGAUUUCAUCAAGUUUGAUGUUGGGAAUGUUGUUAUGGUCACUGGGGGAAGGAACAGGGGGCGUGUUGGAGUGAUCAAGAACAGGGAGAAGCAUAAGGGAAGUUUUGAGACAAUCCACGUUCAGGAUGCUACUGGUAACGAAUUUGCAACCCGUAUGGGAAAUGUGUUCACCAUUGGCAAGGGAUCAAAACCAUGGGUUUCACUUCCCAAGGGCAAGGGUAUUAAGCUGACAAUCAUUGAGGAAGCUAGGAAAAGGAUUGCUUCACAACAAGCAGUUACUGCAUAAAUCUCCUUAUGGAUGAAUAGACUUGAGUGUUUGCUAGUUUUAUUAUUUAAUGUUAUUGUUUUCACUUAGCUCGAGAUUUUUGGCUGUUGAAUUUUGGGUAUUAAAUUUUGCUCUAUACUAUGCCUUGAUUCUGCCGUUUAAUAUUUAUGAACAAGUUUACAUCACC